AACCUCAAUUCUCUCACUUUGCGCUUCUCAAAUGUUUUGCCCUAGUGAAGAGUACGAGGCAGUCUUACAAGAGCCGACAGAAACACGCCGGAUAACACUUGAGCUUGUAUCAGAAGCACUGCGGGAUCGUGAGUCCCGUCCCGAGACCAGCACCAUCCGAGAGCUAGUCUUGUCCAAUCUUGAGGAUACGCCACUGCCGAAAGAUCUGACCCAUAAUUUGUUGCGAAACAUCGACCGACUACACAUGUACUUCACUUACGCUUAUGAUGAUGGAGAGAACUCCGUAUUUUCACCAUAUAUUCAACAGACACUGUUGCCUUCAGUCGCCGAACGACUAGUCGAGCUGACGCUUGCCGGUUGGCUCUGGGGUGCCAUCCCUGUCGAAUUCAAUGGCAAAGGUCUACCAUUUCCACGGCUGAAGCGACUGAAGCUGGAUCAUUGUAUUAUCCUUCGACAAGAUCAGUUUGACUGGGUUCUUGAACAGCGUUCCCUUAUUGAUCUUCAGCUUUACAAUUGCAAAAUUGCGACACAUUGUGUUGUGCACCAGGAUGAUUUUGAAUACUGGGGCGUCAACCUAAGUGGCUGGAAGAAACUGGCAGACAGCUACGAAGAAAUGCAUCACCCAAACCUUAGUUCCAUGCUGAAUACGCCACAUUUUGGAGAAAUCCGACCUGGUUGGUACAUGAGUGACCUGCGAUGGUCAAACAUGUUCGAUCGCGUUCACCAACAUUUGCCCCUGUUGCAGAACUUCACUUUCGAAGGGGCAGGCUGCGGGGCUUUCUUGGAACACUAUCCAUGUCGCCCGGGCACUGACGGUAUGGCUAGAAGGUAUAUCACCUAUGAAACCCCAGUGGGGUUGUACACGCGUACUAAAGAAGCUGAUCGACAGGCAUUAGAGAAGCUGACGAAAGCGACACGCAAGCGACGUAGUGGAAAACAGUGCGCUCUUGAGGGAAGGUCAAUUGUAAGGCAACGUGGCUAG